AUGAUGAACGAUGUGAAGGACGUGGUGGACAAAGAUGGUGGGCAUCAUCAGUCGGUGGAUGAGGGCAUGUUGGUGGUAGAAGGUGAGGGCGAUAUCCACGAUGAACACUGGGUGCUGGAUGAUCGCAUGAAGCGUAUGAUUAUGGAUUUGCAGAGACACUGGCUUACCGACUACCAACAGAGUCGAGAAAAAUUACUGGUGGAAAUGACCGAAAGGCUACAUCAAGAAUUUCUCUCAGAUCAACAAAAAAUUCGUACAGAAUUAUUGACGCAGUUCAAGGAUGAACUUGACACAACAAGGGCAGAACUGGAGCAAAAAUAUCGUGAAUCGCUGAAGGCUGAAUUAGCGAAGUUGUCCGAAAAGCACAGGAAGGAAAUAUCGAAUUGUAAAAAGAAGCAAUGGUGUUGGCAGUGUGAAGCGGAAGCGAUCUAUCACUGCUGUUGGAAUACAGCGUAUUGUAGCGUGGAAUGUCAGCAGAGCCAUUGGGCCACUCAUCGAAAGUAUUGUCGCAGAAAGAAGCAGAACACUCAGAGUGGACAAUCCGCUCAACAACAACAACAACAACAGCAACAGCAGCAACAAUGA